AUGCUUCCUCUCAUGUCUCCGCAGGAGCGGGUCUCUCGUCUCAACGAGAAUUGGGCGGGCAUCACCGAUGCCGCACUUCGCAAGAAGCUGCAGAAUAGAAUAAACCAACGUGCUAUGAGGGCUCGAAAACGUGAUCAGAAAAGAGCUCUCAUCGCACUGCAGCAGGCCAGGAGUAAGGAAAAACGACACUAUGCAUUGAUUCUCCCACGGCCAGAUCCAGAUUCAGUAAACCAAGACAAGCGGAAACUGCUGCUUCCGCGGCCAACGUCGCUGUCGGAGGCUGUAGCCAUGAUGAUGAGCUUCCAUGCCACAGCCUACGAACGUUACUACGCGGCGGAUCCGUGUCUGGAUCAUCUGUUGACCUUGUCCAAGAUGAACGUUCUGCGUGCGUUUGUUGAUAUCAUGGGCGUACUGGGGUGGAAUAUACACGCAAUGGAGGAUAAUGAGGCUGUCUCUCCGUUCACCGGCUGGAACCUACAACAGAAGAAUAAAGAGACAAAUGUUCCGCUAAAUCUUUUGCCCACCACUACUCAAUGCUCCGUCCCUCAUCAUCCCUGGUUUGACUGUUUCCCGUUUCCGCAGAUGCGCGAUAAUCUAAUCACUGCUGGGGACGGGUUUGAUGAUUGCGAGCUCUGCGAGGACAUGAUGGAUCCUACUAACGGCGACAUUGGCAUUAUGGUGUGGGGUGACCCUUGGCUUCCGCAGAGCUGGGAAGUGUCCGAGUUGUUCGUUCAGAAGUGGGCGUGGGUUAUGAAAGGAUGCGAGGAGCUUUUGAUCUCUAGUAACUACUGGAGAGCUAGACGAGGACUGGACGAGCUCGAUGUGAGCGCUCUAUGA